GAUACAUCGUCAUUCUUAGUUUGCGUCCUCUAUGAAUUUGUAAUGGACAAACCAGCCAUCCCCUUUGAAGGUGUAGUCAAAGAUAUUAAGGGAAGAUUAAGAUUCUAUAAACAUGAUUGGCUUGGAGAAUUUAGUGUAAAGUUAUUGGCUCCAACAACUUGUAUAUUUUUUGCCUCCGCUCUUCCUGUAAUUGCAUUUGGAGAGCAAUUAAGUAGGGACACAGAUGGAAGUUUGAGCACAGUCGAGACACUUGUUUCUACAGCAAUAUGUGGAAUCAUUCAAUCUUUAUUAGGAGGGCAGCCGCUGCUGAUUUUAGGUGUAGCAGAACCUACAAUAAUCAUGUACACUUACAUGUACAACAUAUCUAAAAAAAAUGACAAAGUGGGGAAGGAGCUCUUCUUAGCUUGGGCAGCAUGGGUGUGCCUUUGGACAGCGCUUUUCUUGUUCAUUCUUGCAAUAUUCAAUGCUUGCAAUCUUAUUAGUAGAUUCACGAGGUUAGCUGGGGAGCUCUUUGGCAUGUUGAUUUCUGUUCUUUUCAUGCAAGAAGCUAUUAAGGGCGUGUUUGAUGAGUUUCGUCCUCCGCAUGGAAAACAUGAUCAGCGGGGUGAUGAUUUCCAAAUAAUCUACAUGAACGGUUUGCUUGGUCUUCUGUUUUCCUUUGGGGUACUCUUCACUUCUUUGAAAACCAUAACAGCAAGAUCAUGGCUUUAUGGAACAGGCUGGUUUCGGAGCUUUAUAGCAGAUUAUGGGGUUCCAUUGAUGAUUGUGUUUUGGACAGCAUUGUCUUAUGCCAUCCCUAGUAGGCUAUCUUCAGAGAUACCUCGACGCCUUGAUGUUCCAUCCCCUUGGGACUCUGGUUCACAAUCUCAUUGGACAGUAUUCAAGGACAUGUCAAAGGUUCCAGUUCUGUACAUCCUAGCAGCUUCUAUACCUGCAGUGAUGAUUGCCGGACUUUAUUUCUUUGAUCACAGUGUCGCAGCUCAAAUGGCUCAGCAGGAGGAGUUUAACCUUAAGAAAUCUUCUUCUUUCCACUAUGAUCUCUUCUUACUUGGAUUUAUGACUUUGAUCUGUGGGUUGCUUGGACUUCCUCCAUGCAAUGGAGUUUUACCCCAAGCUCCUAUGCACACUAAAAGCCUUGCUGUUCUUAGGAGGCAGUUGAUCCGAAAGAAGAUGAUAGCCAAAGCUAAAGAAUGCAUGGAUCAAGAUGCUAGCAACAUGGAAAUGUAUCAGAAAUUACAAGAUACCUUUUUGGAGAUGGAACCUGAUCCGGAUGAGGCUGCUGUUACAAGAGAACUAAGAGGAUUAAAGGAGGCUGUGAUGAGUCACAGUGGAUAUGUAAAGAAAUUUGAUCCAGCUAAGCACAUUGAUGCUCACUUACCCAUCAGGGUUUGUGAACAGAGAUGGACCAACCUGAUGCAAUCCCUACUUGUUGGCCUUGCGGCUGGAGCCAUUCCCAUAAUCAAACAAAUACCCACCUCAGUACUAUGGGGUUACUUUGCUUUCAUGUCUCUUGACAGCCUUCCUGGAAAUCAGUUUUGGGAAAGGUUGCCACUGCUAUUUGUCACUCCAUAUCGUAGAUACAAAGUCUUUGAAGGAAACCAUGCUUCAUUUGUGGAGUCAGUGCCAUUCAAGUAUAUCAUGACAUUUACACUGUUCCAAUUAAUAUAUUUCCUAUUUUGCUUUGGAGUAACAUGGAUACCCAUAGUAGGGAUUUUGUUCCCAUUGCCAUUCAUCUUCCUAAUUCCUAUCAGAGAAUACUUGCUUCCCAAGCUGUUUCCAUUAGAGUAUCUUCAAGAACUGGAUGCUGCCGAGUACGAAGAAGUCAUUGGUGCACCUCGCAUACCCAUGAACUCUGGAGAUAGACGAUCUGUAUCCAUAACUGAUUGUUUAGCUGAAUACCAGGAAACCGUCUCUCCAAAGCCAGACAUGCUAGCAAGGGAUCCAGAGCCUAGUGAUAUAAACGAUGAUGGUGACAGAGUCAUGUUUGAUGGAGAGGUAUUUGAUGCGAUGACAACUCGUAGAGGUGAGCUAAAGCAUAGAAGUAUGAGCUCUCGUAGAUACUUUCAGGCCUAACCAGAAGAUUCAUUAUUAUGAUGUGAUUUGAGGAGGAUGUUCAUUUUCUGAAAGUUGCAGAAAAUUUCUCCUAUUAUGUAGAAGAUGCCUGGAUGAUAGAUUAGAUAGUGAACCUCAAUUUUUUGAAUUUCUUUUUCCAAGUGAUGUCUAGGGACUAGAAUUCAGCUAAUGUAGUUUAUGAAUAGAUAAUGCAAAUACCUUCGAAUCGCUCAAAGAAUGAACCAUUUGGCGAGGCGGUCUGUGGCUCGCCUUGACAGGGGUUGAAGAUAUAAAGGGCUUUUCUAGUUUGUUUAGUAAAGUUUUAUGUACUAUAAUGGUUACUCCCUGUUACUA